CGUGACGUCAUCUCCGGUUCUGCCAUUUUGCGGAUCGGUCUUGAGCUGCUGGUGCGUUUCUUACCGAAUACCGAUAAUAUAGUCUAAACAAUAAAGCCCAAUUAAACCGGCAAAAUGUCAGAUUUUGAUAGCAACCCCUUCGCGGACCCGGACUUCAGUAACCCGUUUCAGGAUCCAUCAGUGACACAAGUAACGCAGACUGCCCCGCCUGGCCUGGAGCAGUAUAACCCUUUCACAGACACAAAGCCGGUCCCGCCAGGCUCCGCCCCUAAAUCAGUCCCACCCACAGCAAACACACAGCCAGCCAUCAUGAAACCCACCGAAGAACCGCCAGCCUACACUCAACCUCAACAGACACAGGAUCAGGCGCGAGCCCAAGCAGAGUUAUUGCAGAGACAGGAGGAGCUGGAGAGAAAAGCCGCUGAGCUGGACCGCAGGGAGAGGGAGAUGCAGUCUCUCAGCGCAUCAGGAGGGAGGAAAAACAACUGGCCGCCCCUUCCAGAGAAGUUUCCGGUGGGUCCGUGUUUCUAUCAUGACAUAUCAGUGGACAUCCCUGUGGAGUACCAGAAAACCAUCAAGAUCAUGUACUAUCUCUGGAUGUUCCACACGGGGACGCUGUUUGCCAAUAUAUUCGGCUGUUUGUCGUGGUUCUGUGUAGAUGCGUCGAGGGGAGUGGAUUUUGGUCUGGCCAUGCUUUGGUUCAUGCUCUUCACACCCUGUUCAUUUGUCUGCUGGUACAGACCUCUGUAUGGAGCGUUCAGGAGUGACAGCUCUUUUAGGUUCUUUGUCUUCUUCUUCAUCUAUAUCUGCCAGUUUGGUGUCCAUGUGCUGCAAGCCAUCGGCAUUGCAGGUUGGGGUGCUAGCGGCUGGAUCUCAGCGCUGACUGGGCUGAACACAAGUAUUCCCGUCGGCAUCAUCAUGAUCCUGAUUGCUGCCCUCUUCACCGCAUCGGCUGUCAUCUCUCUCAUCAUGUUUAAAAAGGUUCAUGCGCUGUACCGAACCACCGGCGCCAGUUUCGAGAAGGCGCAGCAGGAGUUCGCCACCGGCGUCAUGGCCAACAAAACGGUGCAAACCGCCACCGCUAACGCCGCCUCCUCUGCUGCCCGGGGAGCCUUCAAAGAGCAGAUCUGAUUGGUCCAGAGAACUCCGACUCCGCCCAUGCUACUCUGACCCCGCCCUCCGCAUUCCUCCAAACUGUCUUUACAGCCAUUCGUCAUCUCGGACUGGCUGUUCAAGACCACACCCACUCUCAUUGACUUAAUGCACUCCUGUGACUGACUGAGACUCCGCCCACAGCCCCGCCCCUCCUGUCAAUCAGCAGGUGUGCUCACCUGUUCUUUAGUUGGAGUGUGUGUGUGUGUGGUGGAACGUCUGUCUGCGUGUAAACAGCCUAAAGAGUCACUUUAUAUGUUCACAUCACGUCAGUUUGUCCCUGUUAAACAACAGGAAGUGAUGUCAUCCAGUGUCUUUUUAUGGGAUCCAAGGAAAAAAGAAUGGUUAUGCCCUCACAGGUCUGUCUUACCGAUCAUCUCUGCUUAAACACUCAUAAAAUCACACCGAAAACAUGUCCAGGUCACAAUUAACCUCAAAAUCCUCAGAAAAUCAACAUUUAUGAUAUUUUGUCUCAUUUUUGUGACAGUCGAGCACAUUUAAAUGCCUAUUAUUAACCAUUAAUAAUUAAUAACCAUGCUUAAUUGUCACAAAAAUGUCAUAAUGCAA